UAAGUGCCCUAGUAAUAUUAAAACACCAUUUCAAAGUGUCCAAGCAUUAUCCAUGCUCAUAUAGUAAUUUCGUUCAUGAGUUGAGUUGAAGAUUCGUGCAGUAAAGUAUUAUUAUUGUUGUUAUUGUAUAAUUAGCCUAAUUCUUCAAAAUUUUAAGUCGUAAAAACGUCUCAAACAUAACCAACCGUCUUUUGUCAAAACAAAUUCAAAUCAAUUUUCAUACAUGGCCUUUUUUGUUUGCUGAUAAAUUGUUAUAAAACAUGGAGGAGCCAGACUUUGUAGGUUGCGUUAGUUGCAUGAGCACCACCGAUUUAUACGACCUAUUUGCUGCUUAUUCCGACAAUGUGGAAACUUAUGCAAAAAUGUUUGAAACCUGCUUCGACUUGAAGGUGUUGAAUAUCUCUAAAUAUAUUUGUGCGGUAUGUACUCAGAAGCUGGAAGAAGCAGUAGUUUUCAAAGAACAGACUUUAAAGAACAUUUCCAUGUUGCAAAUUAUAAAAGAUGAAGAAUACCUAGAUGAGUCAAUACUAGAAGAGGCAGAUGCAUCCGAGGAGGUGGAGUCUCAGGAAGCAGCCUCCGGCAAAAACUUGGAAGCCGGCGAUGAAAAUGAAAUGGAUGGAGAGCUAGACGAGCAAUACGCCAUCCAAGCCCUGGACGAGACGACGUGCAUCUACUGCGAUCUUACGCUGUCUGAUGCUGCCGAGGUAGAAGAGCACGUCCGCUCCGUACACGGGCUAGAGCCCCGAACCGGACUCCGACUGCAAGAGUGCAACAUGUGCGGCGCCACGCUCACACACGACGUGCUCGACCACAUCAACAGAUGCCAUGGCGCCAGUUCGGGAGACAACCGCCGCUAUCCUUGUCACUUCUGCGACAACGUGUAUACUAGUAGAAAAGCCUGCUACACUCACCUUCGGAUGAAACACGGCUUAAAACUCAGCAACGAUCAAACACCAAAAUACACGCCCCGUGAACGCAAAAAAUGCCACAUUUGCGAUCGCGACUUCAGUCAGAAGCAGAUCCUGAACAAGCAUCUCUGGAAGGUGCAUGGCUACGAGGUGGAAAAACGCAAAGCCUUCCUUUGCCCUCUGUGUCCAAACCGGGUGAGCUACGGCGCUCAGUUCAGCCGACACCUACUCACAGAACACCGAGUGAGAGAACACGUGGAAAGGCUACAUCUACAUUCCAUGGACGAGUUCAUGUUAUUCAAAAGCGCCAUACAAGAGGAAACCAAGUAUCGCUUCCGAAAAACAACUGCCAGUAAACAGACGAUAGAGGGCGUGCGGUCGCAUUAUAUGUGCAGCCAAUCCGGAGUGUAUGUAUGUCAGGGUAAAGGCAAGCGUCCGGCGCCGGAGCGGCAAAUCUACAAGACGGGCAAAGCGUGCCCCGCGCACAUGAUCGUGACCGAAACCACCGAGGGCGUGCUCGUCACCUUCCACAAGACACACGUCGGGCAUGGCCCUUGCCCAUACUACCAGCCCCGCGAAACCAAGAAACCCAAAACGGAGACCAUCUCAAGCCUCCCACCCGACCGCGAUCCGGAACCCGAGCCCGAAGAGAGCGCCGGGUAUGACGCCGCGUGGAUCUGCGACUCGUGCGGCAUGGCGUUCAUGGACGCCGGCGAGUUCCGGGAGCACGUCGCCACGCAUGGGCUCGUGCUGUUCCCGUGCCAGUACUGCGAGAGUGUGAGUCUCCUUGUUUAUGGUAGCCUGGUAACUGGCAUGUUCAUGGACGCCAGCGAGUUCCGGGAGCACGUCGCCACGCAUGGGCUCGUGCUGUUCCCGUGCCAGUACUGCGAGAGUGUGAGUCUCCUUGUUUAUGGUAGCCUGGUAACUGGCAUGUUCAUGGACGCCAGCGAGUUCCGGGAGCACGUCGCCACGCAUGGGCUCGUGCUGUUCCCGUGCCAGUACUGCGAGAGUGUGAGUCUCCUUGUUUAUGGUAGCCUGGUAACUGGCAUGUUCAUGGACGCCAGCGAGUUCCGGGAGCACGUCGCCACGCAUGGGCUCGUGCUGUUCCCGUGCCAGUACUGCGAGAGUGUGAGUCUCCUUGUUUAUGGUAGCCUGGUAACUGGCAUGUUCAUGGACGCCAGCGAGUUCCGGGAGCACGUCGCCACGCAUGGGCUCGUGCUGUUCCCGUGCCAGUACUGCGAGAGUGUGAGUCUCCUUGUUUAUGGUAGCCUGGUAACUGGCAUGUUCAUGGACGCCAGCGAGUUCCGGGAGCACGUCGCCACGCAUGGGCUCGUGCUGUUCCCGUGCCAGUACUGCGAGAGUGUGAGUCUCCUUGUUUAUGGUAGCCUGGUAACUGGCAUGUUCAUGGACGCCAGCGAGUUCCGGGAGCACGUCGCCACGCAUGGGCUCGUGCUGUUCCCGUGCCAGUACUGCGAGAGUGUGAGUCUCCUUGUUUAUGGUAGCCUGGUAACUGGCAUGUUCAUGGACGCCAGCGAGUUCCGGGAGCACGUCGCCACGCAUGGGCUCGUGCUGUUCCCGUGCCAGUACUGCGAGAGUGUGAGUCUCCUUGUUUAUGGUAGCCUGGUAACUGGCAUGUUCAUGGACGCCAGCGAGUUCCGGGAGCACGUCGCCACGCAUGGGCUCGUGCUGUUCCCGUGCCAGUACUGCGAGAGUGUAUUUCAAAAUCUAGAAGCCUGGUCCCGUCACCUGAGAAUCGAACACAACGUCUUAUUAUUCUGAGAUGAAAGAUUAUGUUUAGAAUAAGAAUAUUGAUUUUAUUUUGUUACAUGUAUGAGUUGUUUUGUUCAAGGUUGAUUUUGUUAUAAAUGAUACUAAAACUAUUUGUUAUUAAAUAAAUUUAAUCUAUGAAUA